AUGGAAGGUAUAGGGGACAUAACCGAUCAUCGGUCGCAUAGCGAGCAAUUGUUGGACUCGGUCGAUUCCCCGGCUGCGUUGAGUACGCAUGGCCGGGGCGGAAGUGGGGGUGGCUCGAAUGGGAACUGUCGUGGUAUCGGGGGUGGCGGUAGCAGCAACAGCAGCGGCAGCAGCAGCAGCAGCACCGGUAGCGCAAGCAGUUCGUGCAACAUCGGGGACAGCAGUCCAAGCAGUAUCGCUGGCUGCGGCGGCGGCGGUGGCGUUGCUGCGAGAAGCGGCAACGGCUGCAUCAGUAGGGGUAGUAGGAUUAGCAGUUCCGUUACCGGUAACUCCGUCGCUGGGAGCGUUAGUAGCGCCGGCGUUUGUGGUAACAGUAGUUUACGAACGAGUGGAGGAGGAGGAGGAGGACGAGGGAGUGGAAGUGGUGGUAGUGGCAGUGGUGGUGGUGCUGGUGCCGGUAGUGGUGGUGCUGGUGGUGGAAGUGGCGGUGGCGGUGGUGCUGGUGCUGGUGGUGGUGGUGGAAGUGGUGGCGGUAGUAGGAAUCGACGAGCUCGACAUCGACGAAGGUGA